AUCACACGGAAUACAACUGAAAUCCCCUUCCCCGCCACUCGAUACAGAAUCAGGAUUAUUUACAUUUCAGCCAAAGCCAAACAGAGAAGUAUACUGUGGUCUGUGGAGCUUGAGGCCUCACAAAAAUGGCACUGAGACUAUUAUUAUUGUCUCCGCCAUUGUCCACUCUUUCUUCUUCUUCUUCUUCUCAAUCGAAGCUUGCGCAGUUCUCUCGCUCCAAACAGGCGUCGUUUGUCCGAUUUUAUCCGAAACAUUUCGCGAAUUCGGGGCGGAGAAAGUCGGGUUUGGCGGUGAAUGCGUGCGUGAAGUUGGAGGAGACUAAUGUCUCCGAGGCGGGGAAUCAAUGGGGAAAGGUCUCCGCCGUGCUGUUUGAUAUGGAUGGUGUGCUUUGCAACAGCGAGGAGCCUUCUAGAAGGGCUGCUGUAGAUGUUUUUGCGGAAAUGGGGGUUCAAGUAACAGUAGAAGACUUUGCGCCCUUUACGGGCAUGGGUGAAGCGAACUUCUUAGGUGGUGUUGCUAAUGUGAAGGGUGUUCUUGGAUUCAAUCCCGAGGCAGCAAAGAAGAGGUUUUUUGAGAUAUAUUUAGAUAAGUAUGCAAAGCCAAAUUCUGGCAUAGGUUUCCCUGGUGCCUUUGAACUUGUCACUCAGUGUAAAAGCAAAGGUCUCAAAGUUGCUGUUGCAUCAAGUGCUGAUCGCAUCAAGGUCGAUGCGAACUUAACAGCUGCUGGUUUGUCGUUGUCAAUGUUUGAUGCAAUUGUUUCUGCUGAUGCAUUUGAAAACUUGAAGCCUGCUCCUGAUAUAUUUUUGGCAGCAUCAAAGAUUUUGAAUGUGCCCCCUAGUGAGUGUGUUGUGAUUGAAGAUGCAUUAGCUGGUAUACAAGCUGCCAAAGCAGCAAAAAUGCGAUGCAUAGCAGUGACCACAACAUUGGCAGAAGAUACUAUAGAAGCAGCGGCUCCAUCACUUAUCAGAAAGGGGAUAAGCUAUAUUUCACUUGAUGAUAUUCUCAGUGGUGGAUCUGGUUCCAAUAAUGUGAAGAUGCAGGGCCCUCAACCUAUCAAUUAUCCUGCACCGUCUUCACUUGAACCCAACAGUAAAAGGAUGACACCAGUGCAGGAUAAAUACCCUACCAUUGGUUCAGUCUCCUCAAUUGGAGGGGUGCAGGUUUCACGCCGCAAUGUUGUGAGAUAUGCAAGUUUGGGCAUUGCUGCAUCUUGUCUUCUUUUUGUCAUCACAAACUGGAAGGCAAUGCAAUAUACAUCUCCUAAAGCUAUACAGAACUUGUUAUUUGGAGUUAGCAGCCCUCCUUUUGGACAAAAUAAAGACACAUCUAGCUCACAGAGAAUUCAACAGUUUAUAAACUAUAUUUCUGACGUGGAGAGCAGGGAAAAUGCAACUAUUGUGCCAGAGUUCCCAUCUAAAUUAGACUGGCUGAAUACUGCCCCUCUUCAGCUGCGCCGGGAUUUGAGAGGCAAGGUAGUUCUUCUGGACUUUUGGACAUACUGCUGUAUUAAUUGUAUGCAUGUGCUGCCAGAUCUGGAAUUUCUGGAGAAAAAGUAUAAAGAUAUGCCAUUUGUUGUAGUGGGAGUGCAUUCAGCAAAGUUUGACAAUGAGAAAGAUCUAGAGGCCAUUCGCAAUGCAGUAUUGCGCUAUGAGAUCACUCAUCCAGUUGUCAAUGAUGGAGAGAUGAAUUUAUGGAGAGAAUUAGGUAUAAAUUCCUGGCCAACCUUUGCCCUUGUUGGGCCAAAUGGCAAGCUUCUUGCACAAAUAGCUGGUGAAGGUCGCAGAAAGGAUCUUGAUGACUUAGUUGAGGCAGCACUUUUGUUCUAUGGUAGAAAAAAGCUCUUGGAUAAUACUCCCAUUCCCUUGAAAUUGGAGAAAGACAAUGAUCCCCGCUUGUUAGCAUCCCCGUUAAAGUAUCCUGGUAAGCUGGCAGUUGAUGUCCUCAACAAUCGGCUAUUCAUUUCAGACAGCAACCAUAACCGAAUAGUAGUCACUGACCUAGAAGGGAACUAUAUAGCUCAAGUUGGGAGCACGGGGGAGGAGGGUCUUCGUGAUGGUAAUUUCGAUGAGGCCACUUUCAAUCGACCACAGGGUUUGUCUUACAAUGCAAAGAAAAAUCUCCUUUAUGUGGCAGAUACUGAAAACCAUGCUUUGAGAGUCAUUGAUUUUGUAAAUGAGAUAGUAAGGACACUCGCUGGGAAUGGAACAAAGGGUUCCGAUUAUGAAGGGGGAGGAACAGGGUCUGCUCAGGUCCUCAAUUCUCCCUGGGAUGUCUGCUUUGAGCCCGACAAUGAGAUUGUGUAUAUUGCAAUGGCUGGCCAGCAUCAGAUCUGGGAGCAUAAUACAUUAGACGGUGUAACAAAAGCUUUCAGUGGUGAUGGUUACGAGAGGAAUUUAAAUGGGUCAAGCUCCAGAAACACAUCAUUUGCACAACCUUCUGGCAUUUCAUUAUCACCUGAUCGAAAGGAGGCAUACAUUGCUGACAGUGAGAGUAGCUCCAUUCGAGUUGUUGAUCUAAGGACUGGAGGUUCAAGAUUGCUGGCUGGUGGUGACCCAAAUUUCUCAGAUAACUUGUUUAGGUUUGGAGACAGCGACGGAAUAGGUUCUGGUGCACUUCUUCAACAUCCAUUAGGUGUUUUUUGUGGUCAAGAUGGUCAAGUUUAUAUAGCAGACUCUUAUAAUCAUAAGAUUAAGAAGCUAGAUCCAGUAAGUAAAGCCGUGAGUACUUUAGCAGGUACUGGUCAAGCCGGUUUCAAGGAUGGAGCUUCUUCAACAGCUCAGCUAUCAGAACCAGCAGGAAUUGUUCAAGCAGAAAGUGGAAGAUUAUUCAUAGCAGAUACAAACAACAACCUUAUCAGAUAUUUAGAUGUGAACAAUGAAAAACUUGAACUUCACACCCUAGAGUUGAAAGGCGUCCUGCCUCCUGCACCUAAAUCCCGAACUUUGAAGCGCCUUAGGAGGCGAUCUGGAGCUGACACACAGACCAUCGUUGUUAGUGGCGGUUCGUCAAAAGAAGCUACAUUGCGCCUUCAAAUAUCAGUACCCGAAGGCUACCAUUUCUCAAAGGAAGCACAAAGUAAGUUUAGUGUUGAAAUGGAACCAGAGGAUGCAGCUGUGGUUGAUCCUUUGGAUGGAAAUCUCAGUGCAGAAGGUUCUGCUGUUUUACAUGUGAGAAGAUCCUCCACUUCACCUUGCAUGGGAAGAAUUAAUUGCAAGGUUUACUACUGUAAAGAAGACGAGGUUUGCUUAUAUCAGUCUCUGACCUUUGAAGUCCCAUUUCAAGAGGUAAAUACCGACUCCUCCUCGCCUGCAGAGAUCACACUUGCAUAUGUUGUAAAGCCGAGGGUGUCCACAGAUAGCUUCCUGCAGACCCCGGUUAAUCGCUGAUCAGAAUCAUGUGAGUUACAUCGACAUAAUAUUGUACGUAUAUAUAGAAGUAUAUCAUGCUCUAUAAUAGUUGCUUAACUUGUUACACAUUGUCUUGUUGAUAUAAUACCAACAAGUAUUGUGCAUACAUAUAACUUGGUACUUAUUAUUCCUUGCUUCAAGUUGUAAUCUAACUUUAUCUUCAUUAA